AUGGAACCCUCAUCCACCAACUCCUCCUCCGGCACCAUCGACAACAAGCACGAGCUCAAAGCAUACCCACGUUCCCAGCCGUCGCAGUCCUUGCAGCCCAGCAAUGCGACGUCAGGAAGAGGACGUGUGAGGAUCAACAGCGUUGCCGCCGAGAUUCCCCCACGAACCCCCGCCGAAGAGCGUCCCAGUUUGAGUCACAUCAGCGAGGCCGAGUCAUUGGAGAACGCCAAUGACGAGACGCUCGCGGCUGCUGAGCAGCUGCUGGCUGCACACAACGCUGUAGCUCCUCAUGAGCACCCAACAGGCGAACGUGUUGACCCCUUCGACGAUUCUGAUGGCUACGCUGUCACCGGGAACCCGCAAGGCGGUGUCUUUUAUCAGCUUCUCCAAGCUUACAAGAACCCACUUCCAGCCUACAGCGACAUGAUCACACCUUCCGAGCCCAGCAACAGCUCGCCUCCUACUGCCGACCGGCCUGGCAGCGCUUCUGGUGCAGCCACACCAUCACGCAAGAAGUGGUACAAGCAGGAGAAGACGGCACAGUCGCAAGAGACUUUGGCAACCCUCGUAGGGGCAUCUGCCAAGUUGGCCAAUCCAAACAACAAGAAGGAGCUACCUUCACGUCCGCAUCACAGGCGCACUAGUAGUGGCGGCCUGCUUGCCAAGGUCAUGAAAGCCAAAGAAGACCAGGACGUCCGCAUCAAGAUUCACGUUGCCAACAUUCUCAAGCGCCAGCAAUACAUUAUUCGCAUGUGUCGCGCUCUGAUGCUGUUUGGAGCGCCUACUCACCGUCUGGAAGAGUAUCUUGCAACUACAGCAAAGGUCCUUGAGAUCAACAGCCAGUUCUUGUACAUUCCAGGUUGCAUGCUCAUCUCCUUUGAUGACGCGAUGACUCAUACAGCCGAAGUCAAAAUUGUUCGCACAGCGCAGGGUGUCAACCUCGGCAAGCUGAAGGACACUCACGAGAUUUACAAAGAGGUUUUGCACGAUGUCAUCAGUCUCGACGAGGCCUUGCAGCGGCUGGAUGAAGUCAUCAGCGCCAAGGAUCGUCACAACGUUUGGCUGUGCGUCUUCAUGUAUGGUGCAGCUUCGGCAGCUGUCAGCUGCUUCUUCUCAGCACGCCCUUUCGAUAUCCCCAUCAUCUUUGCGCUUGGCUGUCUGCUUGGUUUCCUUCAGUUGAUUGUUGCACCGCUCUCUAAGACAUACAGCACCGUUUUCGAAAUUUCAGCGACUAUCUUGAUGAGCGCUCUGGCACGCGCCUUUGGCAGCAUCAACGGCGGCAACACAUUCUGCUUCUCUGCGAUCGCCCAAAGCGCCAUUGCCAUGAUCCUUCCGGGAUGGCUUGUGCUCAGUUCUGCGUUGGAGCUACAGUCUCGUGCCAUCGUUCCAGGCUCGAUCCGUCUUGUUUUCGCUAUCAUCUACUCGCUCUUUCUCGGCUAUGGUAUCACUGUUGGCACAGCCAUCUACGGUGCUAUCGACCCAAACGCCACGAAUGCAAAGACGUGCACGAAUGGAGCGGCGUUAGACAAGCAUUGGAACUUCUUAUUCGUUCCACUCUACGUCUUCUUCGUCACGUUCACUGUGCAGGCGAAGUAUAAGCAGAUGCCGGCCAUGAUCUUGAUCGCGACUGCUGGGUACACCGUCAACUUCUUUGCGAACAUGAAGUUCUCGUCAUCCGCACCUAUUGCCUACACUUUUGGGGCUUUCACUGUCGGUGUUCUGGCCAACAUGUACAGUCGCGUCAGACACGGCGUUGCUGCUGCUGUGCUUUUGCCUGCUGUCUACGUGCAGGUUCCUGGUAGUCUUGCUUCAAGUGGAGCCAUUGAGUCUGCUCUUGAAACAGCUUCUGCACUCAUCAGAGGCUCAGCGGAUGCCGACCAGACUACCAGUGAUGGCUUGAACUCCAUCGUCUUCAACGUCGCAGCGUCCAUGAUCCAGAUUGCCAUUGGUAUCACCGUGGGUCUGUUUAUGGCUGCACUUCUUGUCUACCCCAUGGGCAAAAAGCGCAGUGGUCUUUGGACCCUAUAG